AUGGCAAAAGACAUUUACAAAACUUUCAAACGAUCGAUAUCUGGAAUCGCCGGCGGAAACAGCAGUAAUCUCAACGGCGAGAGCUCGUCGAACCCUUCCACAAGCGGGGCACAUGUCAAAUAUCGAGGCGGUUCUGGAAGAACAUGGAUACAUCCUCCAGGUUUGGAAAUAUUUAUACUUGAACAGUUAAAAGCAUCUAAUGAAUUACAGAUUAUUUGAUAAACGGACGUGUCGAAUAUGUCGCUCGAUACAUGGGAUGCGUGGAAACUGCGAAGCCGCACGGAAGUGAGGUCGCCCGGGAGGCAAUCCACGCGAUCCGCUUCCAAAGAGAUCUGAAGAGAUCGGAGCAGUCCCGCGAGACGGCUAAACUUCAGAAGGUCGACAUUGGAAUAUCGAUUGAUAACGUAGUGAUCACGGACACGAAAACGAAAGCGAUGAUGUUCACGUUUCCGUUGGGAAGAAUAUCCUUCUGUGCCGAUGACAAGGAUGUGAGUGGCAAUACGAGCGAUUUACAGUGAUGACGGGACGUUUUCAGGAUAAAAGAAUGUUUUCGUUCAUCGCAAGAGCCGAAGGAUCCGAAGCGAAGCACUCGUGCUACGCAUUCACUUCGGAGAAACUGGCGGAAGACAUCACUCUGACGAUCGGAGAGGCGUUCGAUUUGGCCUACAAACGAUUUUUGGAUAAGAACAGAACAUCUUUGGAAAAUCAGAAACAAGUGUUCAUUCUCCGAAAGAAGAUCGCCGAGUUGGAGACGGAGAAUCAAGUGCUGAUCGAAAGACUCGCUGCUGCUCUUCGAGGGAACUCCAAAGUCGACGUGGAUCAUUCGGUGAGUCUCUUUGCACGGAAUCAAAAUUCUCACAUUCAGUCUCUUCAGAGUAGCCUGGGAUUUCCUCCCGCUCUGCCGCUGUCGCCGAUGCCGCAAGGACCUCCUCCCAACAUGCCGUCGUCCAUCUAUUCCAUGCCACGUCUCAAUGAUUUGUCUACUCCGCCCACUGAAUUGGCUCCCCGUCUCCCGCCGAUCUCCACCGGCGGCUCUGCCUCUUCAUCUCCUUCUUCAACUUCUCCGUCUGGUCCCGCGCCCUCACUUCCUCCGCCGCGCCCACCGGCUCUGGCUCCGCCUCCUCCGGUUGCUCCACGGAGGAAUCCCGUUGUUUCGCCGAAAAGUUCAAUUGCCGCCGGUUUGGACGGUUUGGAUUUGGGUGAACCGAAAAAAGUAAACAGCAAUGUGUUCGAUGAUUCGUUCGAUCCCAGAGCCGGAGAGAAGAAGAGUGUCACUGAGCCAGCCGAUUACAGUAAGACUUGUUUCUUUUCGUAGUGCAUUUGAAACCUUCAUUUUCAGACCCAUUCGGCGCCGAUUUCCUUCCGGCUCUCCAGAAUGGUUCCGAUGAUCACGCAAGCAGCUCGACGCCUCCAUCCGCCGCUGCGGCUCUUCUCGCUUCUGAAGCCAUCGCAAAGUUGCCAGCCGAUUCUUCGUCUGCUCCACGGAAAACGGCCGCCGAGUACGAUGCAAUGAUCAAUGAAGUAGAACAGAAAUUGGCGGCGAUGAGCAGCGGAUCGUUCGAAUUCGGACAGCUACAGACGGGAGAUCUCGGAGGAAUUGAGGGGGAAAGUGACUACGGAACUCCUUCGGAUCGUCUGAACCCUAAAGUUAUGAACCUUAAGCAAUAG